UCUGGUUCUCUCUCUCUCUCUGGUUCUCUCUCUCUCUGGUUCUCUCUCUCUCUCUGGUUCUCUCUCUCUCCCUCUCUGGUUCUCUCUCUCUCUCUCUGGUUCUCUCUCUCUCUCUCCCCCUCUCUGGUUCUCUCUCUCUCUCUCUCUCUCCCUCUCUGGUUCUCUCUCUCUCUGGUUCUCUCUCUCCCCCUCUCUGGUUCUCUCUCUCUGGUUCUCUAUUUCUCUCUCUCCCCCUCUCUCUCUCUCCCUCUGGUUCUCUGUCUCUCUCUCUCUCCCUCUUGUUCUCUCUCUCAUUCUCUCUCUCUCUCAUUCUCUGUCUCUCUCUCUCAUUCUCUCUCUCUCUCUCUCUCUCCCUCUUGUUCUCUCUCUCAUUCUCUCUCUCUCUCUCUCCCUCUCUCCCUCCCUCUCUCCCUCUCUCUCUCUCUCUCUCUCUCUCUCUCUCUCUCUCUCUCUCUCUCUCUCUCUCUCUCUCUCUCUCUCUCUCUCUCUGUGCAUGUGUAUGAAAAUGUCUUUGUCCAUCACAGCUUGCUUACCAGACCAGCGCAGACGCCCUCCAAGUGUGACUUCCUCCAUAAAUUUAGAAACGAACAGCGGCAGGGAAAUGAAGUACACAUUUCAGUCAGAUGAGUGCAUGGUCAUCACUAUACCUCUGGGCAGUCUCAGAAAUGCUCAGGAGGGCCAGCUGAUGCCUGACAACUUCCACUGUGUCUUCAAAGAUGUCUACAAGGUCUUCCUCAAGGGUCAGCCUAAAGCUCUGGGGGCGGCUCAGCUCAUUGCUGGAGUCCUUCUCUUGAUUCUGGGGCUACUGUUUGUCCAGCAAAGCAAAUUAGUUCUGAUCUUCACCGUGCCCAGUGUCCUGUUUGUUGUUGCUGGAAUGCUGACCUAUGCUGCAGGUCAUUCUCCAAGUAUGUGUGUGACCAAACUGUCAUUUUCCUUGAACAUUGUCAGUUGUUUCUGGACAGUAGCUGCUGUUGUUCUCUGCACUGUCCCCGCCUCUCACGGUUUCCACGGGGACCAUCAAGAGGUAUUUUCUGGUAUCAAAUGGAUGAUUGUAGUUCUCCUGGUCAUUGAACUGGUUGUUUCCAUGGUGGCGAUCUACUGGGAGAGUAAAGCCGUGUGCAGACAGCACUUCAACAUUCUGCCCAUGGUCACCCUGAAGCAAGAGGUAUGAACCUGAAGAACUGGCAGCAAACAACAAAUAACUAAGUGAAAUAAUGAUUAAUCUUGUAUGACAUUUGUUUUACUUGUGCCAAUUCACAAGUCACAAUUCACGGACCUCCCGGUCGCGGCCGGUUUACGACAGAGUCUGGGCGCGAACCCAGGGUCUCUGGUGGCACAGCUGGCGCUGCAGUACAGCGCCCUUAACCACUGCGCCACCCGGGAAAAUAGUGAUAUUUUGACACUGUCUCAAAAGUGCAAAUAAGGAAAUUAAUUACAGAAUAUUAUUUAGAAAUACGUUUCUUCUACUGAGAAAUAGUAAUAACGUUGCAUACCAUUUUUUGGAGCAGUUUGUCAAAGAGAAAAGCUACUAUCAUGACAGAUGUUUUACUUACAAUUGCAUUAUGCAAUAUGACAUUUUAAAAUGUAGGUUAUAUUUUCAUCUGACUUGUAUCUGAUUUAAAUUAAUUUAAACAUGUAUUGUUUAAUGUCUUCUUUUUGUAACAAUAGACCUGUAAUUCCGUUCCUUCCUGAUCACAUUGUCAUGAUAAUACAGCUAUAUUUUAUGCACCAAAGCGAACAGAAUAUUUUCCAACCAACUAUAGGACUUAUUAAACUACAAAUGAUCACCAA